CUACUGAAUUAAAAUCCCGGGGUGUGAAACCCCCAAACCAAAACUCCCUCUCUCAACCCUCUUUCCAUCACUUUCUCAAGAAAACACAAUCCUAAACUUCUCACAUUCUUCCACUUGCGUUAUCGCCGCCCUUUCCAAAUCUAUCUCGUCCCUGUUGCCUUUUAAUUUUGGGGAUCGUGGAUUGGAAAGGCGUUUAAAGAGAGUAAUUUAUUAGGGUUUUUGUUUGAUAGAAAAGCCAGAGAGAGAGAAAGAUGGGGAGCGUGGAUCGACUUGAGGAUCGGACGUUUAAGGUUAAUUUCACCGGAGAUGGAGCGGAUAAGUUGAGAGAGAGCGUUAAGGAUAAGCUCAAGGAGUUCAUGGGCGAUUAUACUGACGAUACGCUUGUGGAAUACGUGAUUGUCUUACUGAGAAAUGGCAGGCGUAAAGAAGAAGCUAGGCAUGAAUUGCAUGUUUUUCUGGGGGAUGAUAGUGAUUCUUUUGUAUCUUGGUUGUGGGAUCACCUGGCUUCAAAUUUGGACUUAUAUGUACAGCCUCAGGAGACUUAUGUAAGUGAUGUAGUCCAAACAAAACCCACACUGGGAGACCAUGCUGGGAGCGAUGAAUCUCAUCAUAUUGAUUCCGAAUCUGGGAAAGGGAAGUCUGAUAACUUAUCCGUAAGUCGACACAAAAGAGAAUGGAAAGGCUUAAUGAGGGAUGCAACUGAACCACCUCCUCUUCGAAGCUCUGAGGUUGAUAUUGGACAUUUGGAUGAAAGAAGUCAUCACAAAUCAAGUCAUGCAAGAAGAUCUCCAUCUCCUUGCCCUCCACAACAGAAGAAGAGGAGUCGGCAGGAUGAGCGACAGCAUAUGAAGAGGGAGGCAGUUUCUCAAGCAACCAUUGAUGCUCCUCGACGACUUCUUCAAUUUGCAGUGCGAGAUGCUGUGGGAAAUUUGAGGCCAUCUGGUCUGGUAAAAGAACCCUCACUAAAGCGGCUUCGUUCUGUGGUGUCUACAUCCACUGGGGAAUCAUCAUUAAUUGAUCGUCCUAGGAGGAUUCAGUCAAUUGCUAGAGUUCCAAAUCCUAUGGCUACUGUAAUUAAAGCUGUUCAAGAAGCUGCUAAAGAUGUAAAAGUUAAAUCUUCAAAAAGUGUGUUUGACCGACUUGGUCGUGAAAUGGAUAUAUCAGAUACUACUGAACUAGUCAGAGACAUUAGAGAUGUUGCUGUUGAUGAUGAAGAAUUUAACCAAAUUCCUGAGCAGACUGUCCCGAUCUAUAAUCAAAGACGUAGAGCAAAUAUUGGAAUUAUGGAGAGUGAAACCAGGUUGGCUGGUCACUCGUUGUAUGACAAUGAAGGUUAUGACAAUGAUAAUGUUUUAGGCCAUAGCGUUAUGGAUGUUUCUGAGACUGGCACAUCUGGUGGAGAUAUGAGGGAGGAUUCACUCAUGGUACAAUACAGUGUAGCUAAGAAAGCUGAUGAUAUAAUGCAAAUAACUCGAAAUAAGGAUCAAGACCAACCUGUUUCAUCUGCAAAAGCUUCAGCAAACAUUUCUGUGAAUCUAAAUAUCUGGAAACCCCCUCAUUAUCAGGAAUCAAGAGAGGUUGCAGAAAUGGGUAACUGGAAAUCUGUUGGGGAGAAUGAGGAAGAUGCUGAGAAAUCUGGUAUGCGAGUAAUGAAGGAGAAUGGCUACCCUGUUAUGGUUGGUAAUGGAAAUGCGAAACCUGUUGCUGAUAUGCAGAAAGAAUUUCAGAAGACACUGCAAACUGUACCUGGUUCAUAUGCUAUUAGUCGUCCAUUAGAGGAUGCUGAUUCUCGAACCAUUUUUGUUAGCAAUGUUCACUUUGCUGCUACUAAGGACAGCCUUUCUCGGCAUUUUAAUAAGUUUGGUGAAGUGCUCAAAGUGGUUAUAGUCACUGAUGCAGCAACAGGGCAGCCAAAGGGGUCAGCUUAUGUAGAAUUUAUGCGAAAAGAGGCGGCAGACAAUGCAUUAUCUCUUGAUGGUACUUCCUUUAUGUCACGGAUUCUCAAGGUUGUUAAGAGAAGCUCUGCUCACCAAGAAGCAACUCCCAUCAUGACAUGGCCCCGUAUUUUCCGUGGCUCUCAAUAUGCUACUACUAGGUUUACCAGAGUUCCUUUUGCUAGAGGUAUUCCUGGUGCAUUUAGGCCUCGAGUUCCCAUGAAACUUGGUGCCAGAAGUUUGCAGUGGAAGCGAGAUGCUCAAGGCACCCCAGCUGAGAGUGGGGCUCCAGUCUCAGCGAACAGUCUUGUGUCCCCUACUGCCAGGAGUCUCACCUAUGUCCGAACAGAGCCUAAAACCUGAUGGGAAUUCGGGUACCACUUAUUCGAACGAUGCAUAUUUUCCUUUGUUCAAAUGUUCGGAAUAUAAGUGUGUCGAAUUCCAUUGAAAUGUCUGAAUCCUGACUGCAUGGAAUGUUUUCACGCUGCGGCUGUUACAAAUCCAGUAAAUUCUCUUGCUCAUUAGAUUAUCGAUCUUCUGUAUAUGGUGAACGACAUAUGCUAGAAUUAGGUGGAAAUCUAAAGGAGUUGAGUGAUAUGGAAGAGUUUAUCAUUGGCAAAUAUUUUUGGGUUCUUUUCUGGGGCUGGUGGUUUUUACAAGUUCAAUUGGGAAGAGUCGAAGUGACAAGGGACCCUGGCUGCCAAGUUGUCUGGCCCCUGAGGUAUCUAUAGACUAUACCAUUAAUGGAAAUUUGUGAAUAGGAUGGAUGGGUAUUUGGUUUC